CUGUGGACACAACUGCAGUGCUGACGCACUCCUCUGAGCUGUGAAGAGAGGGGCUCAAGCAUCUCAACCGUCAGGUCAUUCCAAGCGAAGUGGGGUGUGCACUGUGGGCUAAGUCUGUGCCAGAUGAAGUAAGCCCCCCAAAAAAGCUGAAGAAAGUAAUGAGCAGAGGGAAGCCUGACAGAAGCAUGACAGAGUUUUGCAACCCUGCAUUUGAGCCAGAGAGCGAAGACGAGCUAGCGAGAAGCCCGAGCUCUGUGCUGACACUCACCGUGACCGAGGACCUCCCCAACAGUCUCUUCUCCCAAAAGUGCUUCCCAAUAUCAGGCAGACUCCCUUUGCGAAAGCUGCUGUGCCUGGUGAUCUUCAUUUCAGGAACCAUUGUUAUUCUGGCAGUGGGUCUGAGUGUUACCAUCUUUGUAUUACUGACUCCUACACAGAAACCACCGGGUGAUCCAACAAAUGGCAGGCCAUUGACUCUUAGCACCCCAAACACCACUAUCAUCUUAGCCGGGAAUCAACAACAGAACCCACAGAGCAGUGUAUCACCAUGGGAAGAGGAACCCAAGCCAACAGACUUGCCUCGCUGUGGGGGGGUCUUGGUAGAAGAGGAAGGUUCAUUCAGCUCCCCCAACUACCCAGGUAACUACCCUCCCAACAUGUAUUGCAUCUGGCUCAUAACCACGACUGCCACCUCCAUCAUCCAGCUGCAUAUCUCUUCUUUGGAAAUGGAAGGGCCAGCGUCGUGUCCAUGCGAUUGGUUGGAGGUACGAGAGGACAAUGUUACCAUCGAUGGCAGCAGUCUGACUGGCAAAUUCUGCGGUAAUGUAGCACCCCCAACGAUAAACUCAAGAACCAACAGGCUGCAGGUGACAUUCCGUUCAGAUGCCAGCAUCUCUGGGAGUGGCUUUGUUGCUCAGUACCGAUCCUUACCUGAACAUCACAAGAGCUGCAGAUGGGAAGAGCACUUCUGUGACAGUGGCCUUUGUUUGUUCUCUAGUUCAGUAUGUGAUGGGAGAUUCCACUGUUUUGACCAGAGUGAUGAGUCAAACUGCAGCCAAACUGGGAGAGAGUGUGGGGGUCAACUGAAUGGAACUAGUGGAUCCUUCUCAAGCCCCAGCUUCCCUAACCAGUACCCUCACAGACAGCUAUGCCUGUGGAAGAUCUCCGUACCAGAGGGCUACAUGAUUGAGCUGACAUUUGACUCCUUCAGCCUGGAGUUUCAUGAGGUUUGCAGUUAUGAUUACGUGGAGAUCCUUGACACUGUGGGGAAUGGCGCUUUGGCUCUGUUGGGCAGAUACUGUGGGACACAGCCUCCUCCAGUGCUCUCCUCCUCUCACCACAUGAUGACGGUACUCUUUGUGACUGAUGACGGAGUGUCAAACAGUGGCUUCCACGCCACAUACCAGGCCAUCAAUGCUACAGAGAGAUCCUGCAGGCCAGAUGAUUUUACAUGUCUAAGCGGAGAGUGCCAGUCCCAAGGGUGUGUGUGUGACGGCUGGAGUGAUUGUGCUGAUGGAAGUGAUGAGGUCAACUGUGUGAACUCCACCUACCCAACCUUUGAGUUCCCAUGUGAGCCCAUCAAAGUCCAGAUGUGUCAGGGUCUAACUUACAAUGAGACCUCCUUCCCUAACAUCUGGCUUGCCAUCAUUGACCAGCAGGAGGCAGCAACCGUCCUCAAAGACUACAAGAUCCUGAUGGAGCUCAGCUGUUACAGCUAUCUGCACGUUUUCACAUGUGGUAUGUUCAUCCCUAAGUGCACAGAAGCAGGAGGAGUUCUACAGCCCUGCCGCUCUGUCUGUCUGUCUGCUGAACAACAGUGUCAGCGCUCUCUUGAUCAGCUUGGUAUCUCUUGGCCUUUCAACUGUAACCUCCUGCCAGACUCUAAAGACCCCAUAGAGUGCAUGAAGCCCUGAUGUAUGCCUGUAUGCCUGGGGUUCAGGAGCUCAACUGGUAUUUUUUGUUCAUACUCCAUGCCAUUCCAUGAGGAUGACAAGAAAAGUAAAGAAAACUACAUCCUUCCUUCCAUUUUUGUAUGUACUUGUACAAUGAAAGUCGGGGAAGGGGUCUGACUAGCAAGGAGAGACGGGGUCAGGCGGACAUGCCCACUCUCUGCUCUUGCAUCAUCAAGGGUUAGUAAUGAUCCUUCCACAGGUUCAUCAGCAGAAAUCUCCUUGCAAGUUUGAUUUUCUCUACAGUGAAGUUCAAUCGUCUUCUUAGUUGUCUGCCAGAGGCUAUGAGCAUCCAUGCAAGGAACUGAAUCAGUAAGAGCUUAUAACUCACACUUACUAGGAAUUCCUUGUUCGUAGGUAACAAUUGCAAGCCCUAGUCCCCAUCAUGAAUAGGGUAAAAGGACUUACUCAUGCCUUUC